UGGCGCAUUAUGUAUAAUUCAACAAGUACUACUAACAUCAAUUUAAUAUCUGUUUGUCUUCGACUUGAUCUAUAAGUUUUAUUUUUUAUAUACAGAUUAUAUCAAUUAGAACUAUCACGAUCAAUUCAGCAUUUAGCCUAAAACUUAAUAAUCACGCGCACAUUAACUGUCUCGAUACAUUUCUAUUCAAAUACAAUUGAUUACACGUUGUUAUGUACGUAUAAUCACUAGGCAUCACAAUGUUUCUUAAGAUUAUACAUUCUAAGAUUAAUCUGAUCAUCUAAAUUAACCAAUUUCUAUAAGAUAGAAAAAUUUACUACGUUUAGGGCAUUAACUUACGAGUAAUAGGAAAAGGAACCAAGACACUUUACUAACAUCGGUUUGAUCUUCAUAUUUGUGGACCGUUGUUGGCCAAAUCGUCUUAUCCGACUGUUAGUGUCACGUUACAAAAUUGUAAACAGAAAUUCAGUUAACCGUUCGACAGCAGUCGGAGAUAGAUUUUGUUAGCUGUCAAUUGUUUCAGUUGUGAAUAGUGUAUGAAACAUUCCGAGAAAAUCAAAGGCAUGUAAUCGACAGUGUCGGCUGUAUCACUUGUUUUGUAUACAUUUAAGUUACUUUCGGUUUACGUGUAAUUCAAAAAGCUUACAAUGGAAUUUGUGUUUCGUUUAGUUUUAUAAAAUAUUUGGCUCUAGGAUAAAAAGUGUGUGUACUUGGCGCUGGUGUCCAAGGAUAUUAACGAAAGUUGCCAUACCUUACUUGUUAGAAUGACAAGUAAAAAGGUAUUAAUACGGAAGGAAACAUUUCUUGAGAGAUUAUUAAAGGAAGGAAAAGAAUAUUUAUGUACAAUGGAAGAAUUGCACAACUGUUUGAAAAGACAUUCGUACGAAUACAAAAAGAUGCUAUUCGUUAUAGAUCGCUACUCUCGAUAUAAGACACAAUUAAAGGAGAAUCUGGAGGAAUUGCUAGUGUACGAUAGUGACGUUCUGGACGAUGAUGACGAAGAUAUAGAAGAUGCCGAUGAAGCGGAAUAUAUGGAGAUAGAGAUGGAAGAAUAUGAAAAUGAGGAAGAUUUAGUACUCUUCGAAGAAUAUUUUCGCAAUUUUGAUAGCAUUGCAUAUCAAAGGAAUAUCCUCGCUAACUUGGAGAUGUUAAUUUUGCGCAUGUUAUUAGUGGAUGGAUCUCUCGUAAAUAUUGAGUUUUCGGUGCAUUCGAAGUUGAAGAUCCUUUUGAAAGAUUAUUAUCAAAGAGUUGAAAAGUUUUUGGAACGAAACAAGAUGCUGGUAGAAUUGCAGGAUAAUUUUGAAAAAAAACAACGGACCAAGAGCUUUGAAAUGAAAUACAACCAACUGCGGCAGCUUUUACUUAAGAUUACCGAGAAACAAAUAUUUCUUGUGGAAACUAUGGUGCAACCGCGUGUGGUUAAGAAUAACGGGGAAAACGUAAAUAAUUAAAAUUCGUAACGUGAUGUCAGUAUAUAUAUGCACAAGAAAAAGAAUUUAAUUAUCGCAUUUUUACAUUUAUAUGAGUUCUAUGUGUCAAAAAUAAAUACAUUUUGAUUAGAACGUGAAUUACGUUCUUUAUUUUGAUUAGUAUAUAUUUUAAACAUUCAGUAUGUAUUUAAAAAUUUGUUAGGACAGAGUCAACAAGCAAAGUUCUGUCACAGAUGAGUUGCAAAAUAGGCGUGAUAUAUAAUGCUUUUUCGUAUCUCAUGAAUCUCCAUUAGUGUUGCUAUUGUCACUUCACCAUUUUCGUGUCAAAUGCGAUGUUACCGAUUCAGUAUAGUACAUACCGGAUCUCAUCUGUGUUACUGGCACAGACGAGUUUGCUUCGUCUGUGAUGUCGAUUUAUCCUGUCCUUGGCCAAUGGUCAGUAAUCAGUGAUUCAGUGCACAAACAUAUUUCAAAUCGUACGUGCAGAUAACACAAACACUCCGAUAGAUGUCUCCAAUUUAUUUUGUACUUGCGCUAUAGAUCGUUUAGAUCUCUACCGACGUUCGAUGUCGGCAGAUCGCGCAUUUACGAUAUUUGUUCUCUCUUGCUUCCAUUUGUGACAUAUAUGUUAAUAUCGAAGAUGUUUGUUUAAAUACGAAAAAGAGUACUAAACAAAAUCUAAUUCUUGGUGUCUUUACUGGCGAAUGGCAAAUAAUUGAUGUAAUAUUAUGUCGACGUUAAACGAAUAUACUUGUCAACUAUCUACCGAGGAGAAAGCGUACAUGGCGGCUAAUUUGAACGAAACAGACGAAA